UUUGAAGCUACUGAGAAAGAGAAAAGUAACAUAGAAAAGAGAACUGGUCUGAAACUUCCUUGUAUUGUAGCAAAAACUAGGAUGGGGAGAGCUCCUUGCUGUGAGAAAAUGGGAUUGAAGAAGGGUCAAUGGACCCAGGAAGAAGAUCAGAUUUUAAUCUCUUACAUUCAGAAACAUGGCCAUGGAAACUGGCGUGCCCUGCCUAAGCAAGCUGGUCUGUUGAGAUGUGGAAAGAGUUGCAGACUAAGAUGGAUUAAUUACUUACGGCCGGAUAUUAAGAGGGGAAAUUUCACUAGGGAAGAAGAGGAAACUAUCAUCAAACUUCAUGAAAUGUUGGGAAAUAGGUGGUCAGCAAUUGCAGCAAAAUUACCAGGAAGAACUGACAAUGAAAUCAAGAAUGUAUGGCACACCCACUUGAAGAAGAAACUCAAAAACUACCAGGCUAAUCGGCCGGAAACCAAACAGAACCCUGAUGAAAUAAUCACAGAGAAAGAAGCAGAAUCUGCAAAAGUUGUCACAAAUUCCAUGCCAAAUCUUUCCCCCGAAUCGCCUCAGCAAUCCUCUAGUGACUUCUCCUCCGUAACAUAUGCUUCUACUUCUGCAGCAACAAGUGAAGAAACCAACAACAUAAAUAUCACUGAAUCAUUGGACUACUUUCCUGAGAUUGAUGAGAAGUUCUGGACAGAAGGAUUAUCCUCAGAGGAGAAUUCCAGCCUGCAACAGCAGCCACUGAAUCUUGAAGGGGUCGUAUAUGAUCAUCAGUUUCUAUACAAACAAGUUCCAUCAUCAUCUUCAUUCAUGGAGUCUGCUGCAGGAUAUGGAUAUAAUUAUGAGCAAAAUCUAGAUGAUGGAAUGGGGUUCUGGUAUGACCUUCUCAUCAGGGCUGAGCAUGAACAACAAUUAACUGAAUUCUAAUAAAAUUUUUGGGGAAUCUUGGGAGUGUUGUUUUAUUGUGUCCUCAGUGGCAUCAAAAGUAGGUAACAGUGUCUAUCCAAACGUUAGAAUCAGUCAUUGACCAAUAGGGGGAUAAAGUCUAGGAAAUUAUCUGAUUAGGGCCAAACAGAAGAACAAUGGAGAAAGGAGAGAUUGACAUAGAAAUAGUUUUGUAUAGUUAUAAAGGAAAAUUAGGGUGAAGCAGACUGAAUAGCAAGUUUCUGAAUUGGCCUGAUCAGACAUAUGAUUAUGAAGAUAAUGUCGAAUUUAGGGUUCAUUUACUUUUGUAUUAGAAUUUUGUUCUAGAAAAUUUCAUAUGGGUCUGAUGUUAAUCAUUCAUUGAUUGUAUAAAUUAAUUAUGUAAUGUAUUCUUAUAUUAUUGUUGGUUUGCAUUGUUCUUGCAAAUGACAUCAACACGAGCCUUUCUUUUCCUUUACUUAUUGGUGGGUGGUAUGAACUAACUUAUGUUCAUCCUAUGGUAUUGUGUGUUUUGCAAUAGGAAUAACACUGUCCUUUUUCA